AGGUGUAGCACAAACAGGUGUAUCCCAACCAGGUAAAGCUGCACCUUCUUUUUUCUAAAGGGCAAACAUGAUGGCGUGCGCUUGACAAACCAACACCUAACCAAACUGAAAGGACGCUCACGAGGACUGAGUUUACACGACUACAACUUCGGAGGGGAUCUGGUCCUGAAAGGAUGAUCCGGCAACACGAGGCAUGAGUCCGCCUCAGUGCCUCACGCAUGCCUGUCAUUUAGGAUACUAUUACCUGGACUGAUACCUCAAAACUAUUACCUGGAGUUAACAGCAACUGCCGAGGAGAAUGACAUCUCUGCUGGAAACAGUCUCUCUGCGUCUCUGUGUCCUCUGGAUCUUUGUUGCAGUGAUACGCGGAGACUUCGUGGACAUCCCUGCAAACAACCCCAUGCGCUCCUUGGCAGAAGAGGAGACCGUCCUGCCCUGUCUCUACCAGCCAGAUGCAGACACUGUGGUGGUGCAGGUCACCUGGUAUAAGGAGAAACCUGAUGCCACCAAGGAGCAGAUCAUCACUGCGCACCAUGACAGUGGACAGACAGCGUUCGGGACGUGGUCUCGCCGUGUUCGCUUUAAAAACAGCGACCCCACGGUGGACUCGUCUCUGGUCAUCAUGAGCACCGAGGUCUCUGAUGAGGGGAAGUACAUCUGCCACAUCAGCACCUUCCCCUCAGGCAACUUUGACAGAGAAAUGUCACUCAUCGUGUGGACCAUUCCUAUCUCCUCCCUGGACCCCGUGAUUCUGGUCGAGGGACAGUCCUACGGGCAGGCCGCUUCCUGCCGCUCUGUGGCCCGCCCGCCUCCACGCCUCUCCUGGGACACCGACCUGAACGGCCAGUCCAUCAAUCGCUCUUCUGACAACGGGGCGGUCUCCUCGCACUACUCCCUCUACCCCCUGAGGAACAUGAAUGGCAAGAAGCUCGACUGUCUGGUGUGGCAUCCGACCUUCCAGGGCCCCCGCAGGCUCAGACACAACCUGGUGGUGCACUUCCCUCCAUAUGCAGAGGUGUCUGGAUACAAUGGAGACUGGUCUGUGGGCUUGGAGAAUGCUGCCCUGAGGUGCGUGAGUGGAGGAAACCCCAAACCACAGAGUUUCACCUGGAUCAGAAUGGGUGGAGAGUUGCCGGAGGGUGUGAUCCCCCACCCUAAUGGAACUCUAGCUUUCGGGCGGCCCUUACGCUUGUCAGACGGCGGCACCUACCAGUGCCUGGCGAAGAAUGAAGUGGGAGUAGGGAAGGCGGAGGUGGAGAUUGGUGUGGCAGAAACUCCCGGGCAGCACAAAAUGGAAGAAAACAUGCUGAUGAUCAUCGUGGGGAGCGUGGCCGGCGGGCUGCUGAUCUUGAUGCUCGUCAUCGUCAUCACCAUCACUUGCCACCACAAACGCAGGAACAAGAAGCUGGAGAGGGAGCUGACUGAGAGGAAGGAGGAAAUAAGCACUCUCUCCCGGCAAGCUUCUUUCAGGAGGAUGAACUCUAUCAGCACGGAUCCCAGAGGAGUGAUGGAGGAACACAUCCCUCUGAGGGUGGAGGGAACCAUAAGGACCAGCCUGUCUUCCCUCGGGGAGCAGGCCCACUGCCGCGACAGCAGAUCCACUAUCUCAGGUGGACGCGGAGGGGUGGCGUUCGACUCCCUGGGCAGACCGCUCCUGCACAACAACUCACGGAGGGGGAGAGACAGGCUUCUGGAUAGAGACGAGGAGAACCGGCUAAGAGUGGAGACAUAUGUGAGAAACAGCAUGAUAUCUUUGGAAACUCGUUUGCACCCUCCUCUCACUCCGACAGCCUUUCCAAUGGUGCAGUCCACUGAGAUUGUAAGGCAGCUAAACGGCAGUGCCAUUAUCCCGAGCGAUGGGGGUUCACGGCCAGGAAGUGUCGCCAGGAAUCACCAGCACCCUCCUCUGAGCUGCAACUACCCGCCGGUCACAGAUGAUGAGGAUGAGGUGGACGAAGGUCUGGGGGGUCCUGCCAGUCAGGAGCACCCCGAUGACCAGGACAGCGAGACGAACAGCUCUCAGGUGUCCGAGGCGCACAGUACACGACGCUAUCAGCAGACUAACGGCACGCUCAGGCCCAAACCCCGGCCAAACCCCAGUGUGGUCAGUCCCCACACCUCCAUGAUCCACAAGGCCCAGAUCGUUUAGCAGGCAGCUGGGAAAGAACGUGAACCUACAAGACUGGCCAGCUUUGAUCUUGGAGGUGGUCCAAAUGUGGAUACAGUGGCGAGGUUUGGUCACAACCCAGAAAACCAGUUUGUGGUUAAUUAUGGAAAAGCUGCACCUUGACUCUGAUCCUGCAUCUUCUUUAUCGUGUGGGAACAUGGUGCAAUAGAACAAAAUCUUUCAGGAAACAUCUACUGCAAAGCAUAUCCUGGACACCUCCGGAUCUCUGCCUGAUGUUCGGCGACGUGCGUUGUGUAUUCCCUUCGGAUUACUGGUUCAAGCAAAGACAAUGUCACAAUAUCUCCAGUGCAGCUGUGGCGUUUAAUCUCAGACGAUGUUCUUUGCUCAGGUUUUGCAAUCCAGUUUGCUCUAACAGGCUGGAACUAACAGGUGAAUGCAGCUGACAUACCUUUUGAGGGGAAUGUUGAAAGCAAUCAAGAACGUGUACAGCAGGAAACCAGGAAAUGCAGGAGAGGUAGAUGAGGCUAUGGGAAUGUUGGCACAUCAGAAAAGCAGAUUGCAACACAUCUCUACAGAGGGUGGCUUUUUGCUUUGGUAGUGCUCAGUGUAUCAGUACCUGUGGCUGUGUUCAGUUCCCUUACACAACACGGUUUGGGAUCUGAUCCAAACCAUGGGCUUGUUCCUCUCUGGCCACACCUGCAACACGCAUACCUCCAUAUUGUCUUACUGUCCUCGUGCCUUUGCCUUAAGCACCGAGACAGUUUGGAUCAGAUAAAGACUUCAUACUGCCAAAACAUGACUAGUUAUUCUGUACAAAUAUGCAAACGAUUUCCUGUUAAAAACGUGAAGAAAUAGGAAGUAAAUCAGCAUAUCAACAAAUUCAAUCCAUGUGUAUUCAAGUAUAUGUCCCCCUUUCCUCACCAGCCUCACAUCCACGCCUUCAUUCACACACAAACACACGUAGAUAAAUAAUCAAUAUAAAUUGCUCCUUUGUUGAGAGGAUGUCAUGUCUUGUACCUUCAUGUAUGCACAUACGUACAGUACACAGCGAAUUGAAGCUGGAAAAGCUGCCAAAUGUUUGUAAAUACAUCUUAAUUUCAGAUUAUUAUUUUUUUUUGUAUUACAUGCUGUAACGUGUCGCUUGAUGUGGCUGCUUUUGUGAAGACGUGUCUUCCACUAGAGACAGACGAGUCAGGAAGCUGCUACAGCUGUGGACACUCUGUAUCUGCAUGCCGAUUUAUUCGAUAUCCAAGACAGGAAGACGCCUUUCUGAGAGGAAUUUGACAUGAACUGUUACACAUUUUUAAUAUUGUGGCAAAGCCAAGUUUGUAUUGUUUAUCUGUGGACCGCUGGCUUUAUUUCUUUGUUCAUGUGUGUUCUGAGUAUUAUUGGGUUGUGUUACAGCCCUGAUAUGGGUAGCAAUGUGCCAAAGGGAAAAUACAAAAAAAAAACCAAAAACACUUUUGCUUUUUUGGCAAACAUGAAGUAUUAUUUUGUUUAAUGUCAGCUUCUCUAGAUACUUCUUUUUCCAACACAAAUAUCCAGAGACAUCUGAGAGACAAAUGUUGAUUUAAAAGAAUGCUGGGACAGUUUGCGGCAAAGGCAAACACCCAGUAGGUAAGAGCAGUGGAUGAAUGGUAUUAUGUUUGAAUGCAGGCUGUAUUUGUCGCAGACAGCGCCCCCUAACGUGUGCUGCUGGGAAGUGCAGGUACCUAAAGGAGCCUACAAACAGCAAUACUAUGAAAGACUCUGCAUUCCACUGUGAUUUGGGGAAAUGAUCUUCAUGGUCACGUGGCCAGAUUUUCAUUUAUUCUGAGGGCUGUGUGUGGGUAUCAGCUUGUACUGAUGGUUUGAAAUAAAUGUGUAUGGUUUUUC